AUGAAAACAUCUGAUACAUUAAUUAUUAAUAAUGAUCGUUUUAAAUUCGAAAGUAAACUUGUUGAUAGGUCAAAUAAUAAAGAAGUUGUAACAUUAACAAGAGAAAUUUUAUCAAAUCGUGAUCAAGAUCUUACGAUUGAUAUUGGUUUAAUAACAUCAGAUAAAGUAAGAUCAUUUAAAAUUCAUUUUCGUGGAAAUUUAUAUAACUUAAAUGAAAAAGUUUUUUAUAUUGAUGGAAAUUUUCAUCUUAAUGAUAUAACAUAUAGUGAUAAAGCACAUUUAGAACAUAAUGAUGAUUAUAUGCGUAUUAAAUUACAUUGUUUAAUGAUAUUGGAUAAAAGUUCAUCUCCAACCGGUUAUGAUUUUGUUUAUGAAUGAAUUAAAAUAUUAUUACCAACAAUUGAUAUAGAAAAUAAAAUUCAUAUUGUUGCUGAUACUGAUAAAUUACUUCUUGAUAUUCCACGUCCAUUUGCUUUUGAUGUUUUAUCUGUUCUUGAUUUUGAAUUACUUAAUAAAAUGAAUUAUAAAUUGAUGUACAUCGUUGGUCAACAAUACAUUCAUUUGGUAUAUUAA